AUGGAACAUCAACGAGGACAUCCUCCACAACGUAGCAAAUCAACUGUCAGACAAGUUCCUGAUGGAUCUACACCACUGGGAAUACUUUUUGACGAAGCAUCGAACGAUCUUGGGGACGGGAACGCGGAAACGGCGCAGAGCAAUCCUGCCACCUUGGAAGCAACCAUGUCGACGUCCAAACCAAUGACUUUGGCAAAGGCGAAUGAUCUCAUUUUGGGAGCAUUCUCUAAUGUUCCGCCUUCCCCAGAAUUGGAUCAUGCCGUCCGUUUCCUGAGUACUUGGUCCGGAAAUGACAAAUUCUUUGGGCUAGUGGAGAAUACCGCCAAGAUACUGGUUCCUCUUCUCGAAAUGCUCGCUAGACGGCGCUACCAAGCGGGUUCCCAGAAGAUCCCAGCAAGUGUGACUGCAGGAAGUUUGAAGAAACUUGGUGCCCUCAUAUCAGACUAUCGAACAUUGGGGAGGUUGUGGGUGGUUAAUCUCACUGGAACGCACAUCACCUCCAACCAGGCGCCUCUUAACGAUCGAGAGGAUUCAAGGACUGGCAAUGCUCGUCUAUUACCCAUUCGAACAUCUCUACUAUCUUGGAUCUCAAGGAAUUCUUCCCAUCCCCAAGCAGCGACUAGGGAAAUACUCUCUUUGGUCUUGUCGCGCAUGGGCUCUCUACGUCUGUCUCCAGUUUCUUCACCUCAGAGAGGACUGGAAACUUUUAAAGAGACGUGA